AGAGAGGUGUACAAAAAGUUGGCGACACAUUAAAUAACGGAAUAUAAAUGGCUAUAUUUGAUGAACUCACGUCGUUAUCGAUCUGCUACGCGCUUUCAGGAUGCGAGCUGAUUGUCGUGUCAUUACCGCCACCUUGCUUUCCGGUUGCUCCAUUCGUCACAAAAAAACAACAACAAUAUCCUACUAUAAACAUAUUUUUGGCAAUAUUAUAAUAAGCACAGUUCAAUUAUAAUUGUUGAAAGCAAAAAUGCAAAAACAAACUGAGUGUCAAAUUAUUAGGGUAAAUGUGUUUUAAGUCGAAAGAGAUGUUUUGUGUUGUUUUCUAUUCUCUAAACAAGAACAUAGCUUUAAAUGAUCAAUUUAUUAAAGAAAAGUAGGAACAUAGGCGGAAGAUGGAUAAAUUAAAGUAUGGGUGAUGUCGUGACUCGUGACGUCUGACUGGUGGCAAGAGGUCCUCGAUCUGCUCUGGAGCCGUGACAUCGCCGGACCAGAUCAGAGUGGAGUCAACAGCCUCCCUUUGGGUAUCUACGCGAUGGACUUUAACGUGAAAAAGCUUGCCACGGGUGCUGGGCUGCUUUUUACACGGGCUGUUCAGUUUACAGAAGAGAAGCUGGGCCAGGCAGAGAAGACUGAGUUGGAUGCUCACUAUGAAAACCUAAUGAGCCGCGCAGACUGCACAAAAAACUGGACUGAGAAGAUCUACAGGCAAACAGAAGUUUUACUGCAGCCAAACCCAAUCGACCACUCUGGUGCUCGAAUUGAAGAGUUUGUGUAUGAAAAGUUGGACAGGAAAGCACCAUCCAGAGUUACCAAUGGAGAACUUCUCGGUCAUUAUAUGCAGGAUGCUGCUAACGAAUUUGGUCCCGACACUCCAUAUGGAAGCACUCUAAUCAAAGUGGGAGAAUGUGAGCAAAGAUUAGGAGCAGCUCAGAGGGAGUUCCUUCAUACGUCAGCCAUCAGUUUUCUGACACCCCUCAGGAACUUUCUGGAAGGAGACUGGAGGACUAUUACAAAAGAACGGCGUCUAUUGGAGAAUCUUCGCCUUGAUCUGGAUGCUGCUAAAUCGCGUUUGAAAAAGGCCAAAGCAGCGGAGGCAAAGGCUGCGUGCGAGGUCGAUGUGGCGCCAGAUUUUCAGGAGACCAGACCGCGCAACUAUGUGCUGUCUGCCAGCGCCUCUGCUCUUUGGAGUGAGGAAGUUGAAAAAACUGAACAUGAACUCAGAGUUGCCCAAACUGAGUUUGACCGCCAGGCAGAGGUUACACGGCUUCUUUUGGAGGGUAUUAGCAGUACGCAUGUGAAUCACCUCCGCUGCCUACAUGAGUUUGUGGAGGCGCAAGCAAUUUAUUAUAAGCAGUGUCAUUUCCACAUGCAGGAACUACAGAAAGAACUUGGAAGACUACCAAAUGCUUUUGCACUGAAUUCCUCCGGCACCAUAGCUACCGCGGACUUGAUAUCAGAAGGCUUCAACAGUUCUGUGGAGAUGGAUACACUGAAGAUUGAGGAAGUGCAAGCUCCUGCUGCAGGAACGCGCAAGGCCAAAGUCCUUUAUGAUUACGAUGCUGCCGAUUCCAGUGAACUUUUCCUCGUAGCAGAUGAGAUCAUUACAGUUUACACAGUCCCAGGCAUGGACUCGGACUGGCUGGUUGGCGAAAAGGGGGACCAAAAAGGAAAAGUGCCUGUCACAUACUUGGAGCUUCUCAGCUAAACAACACACCGACACAGAAGUUCAUGAAUGAGUACUACUGAAGCCAUUAAUAUACUCCUUUCACCUUAAUUAAUUCUUCAAAUUACACUUACUCUACUUUCACUAGCAUGUUUCUAAACAAACCGUGUAAUGUUUCACAUUGUUUCAUCAGCUGUAAUGUGUUACAAGUACAGUGAUACCUGCUUGACAACAAUCCUCCAUGACCUAAGUCAGGUUUCACCGUGAAGAACUUUCAAAACACUUUCCAUUCCAACAUUCUGAUCGAGAUGAAUCAUGUUUGUAGUCAUUUGUUAUUGUCUUCCACCGCCAAUGCCAUUAUAAAAUCUUUCCACGAUAUUAACUCAUUGGCUAGCAUUGGCAUUCGUUGAGGAACCAGAUCUGGUCCAAAAAUGAACAGUUUUUACAUUUACUAUGCAGUAACUUUGGCAUAUUAUUAGUUUCAACACUGAAACCUAGGGAAUAAAUCGACAACCUUCCUACAAUUGUACCUGCUUCAGUGUUAUGUCAUAAAUUAACUAAUUCCUGUUCAUAUGGAUUCCAGUUAACCUUCACAAAUGGGCAAUACUGUAUAGUGAAAUAAUGUAAGACGACCCAAAAUUGUUUGAAUUUAAGAAUGUUGUUAUGUAUGUUAAAUGAAGGUCUUCAUGUCCAAGUUUUUUCUUUUUUGUACCGAAACUUUAAGCUAACACUGUAAACCUCUCGUGCUGUUUACUUGCUGCACUUUAUCUGAUUCAUCUAUUUUGUGUUGUGUGUCUUUUGAAACAAGUCGGUUAUUUUAAGGGUGUGUAGUGUGUAAAUCACGCAAAAAAGCAAACAAGCCUGCACUGAACCGAGACGAAGACGAGUGUAAUAGUGAUAUUCCUUUGAAGGUCUUAUUCGUAACAUUACAGUCCUUAAAUCCACCACUCCACGGUCAAAUUUUAAAGAACCUGUAUGUAUGUAAAUCUCAGUGAAGAAUUUAAACUAAUGAAACAAUGUAUGCAAGUUACUCUUUAGGAAUUAAAGCAUUGUGUCAAUUCCUUUUAAGGGUUGAAUAUAAUUGGUACAGUGGGUUGCAUUUGUAAAAACAACCAUAUUUCUGAAUACAUGACUCACACCAGGAAGAUCUUGCUUUGUUUAUUUUGAGCUGGGGUCCCCAUACUAUUCCACACUCGGCUGCAGUGGAUGCUGGAUUUCUUUCCAACAAAACAGGACAACACUUUUGCACCAAUCUGGAGUCUUACAAGUGUAAUUAGUUGAUUGUAGUCAGGUGCUGCUUGUUUUAGCUGAACGCUAAUUGGCAGUAUCCGUUAUUUUUUUUCCAGUACUGAGUAAUCUAAUAAAUUACUUUUCCCAUCUUUGCCACGCCGUUACCGUGACUGAGGAUGUGAAGGGGCGCGUUACUACAAUUUGGUUGAAUGAAGUGCUCGUUGUCGGAUUUUGUCAUAGCUUCCUGAGAGAGAGCAGAGCGGGGAGGUUGGACUGGGGUAGUGACGCCGUUGCAAGCGCGAUGAUGAUAGGCUAGGUAGCUCGGAGAAUUAGCAUUAGCGUUCACGUUAGCAUUUAGCGUGGCGAUCGUCAUCUUUAACUCUCGGGCAACUUUUUUUUACAUAAAGUUUGUGGCGUCCAGGUGGGUACAAUUAGCGUAUUAUAAGACUGUGUUUUUUGCAUUGAAAUAAGACCGAAAAAGAGGGGGUCGUCUUAUAUUCACGGUCUAGACAUUAUACCUAUUCACGACGCUAGAUGGCGCCAGAUAUCAUUGAAGCGAUGUUCUGUCAUGACAGGGGGGUCCUCUUAUAAUCAGGGCUGUCUUAUAUUCGGGCCAAUAAGUUAAUUUUAAAAAAGUAUUAUUUUCCUGCUGAUUGUUCAUGAUCAUCACCAAGUUGGUGUUGUCCUUGUAGAUUCCACAAUAUAAUAACUAAUAAUAUAUAUACAGUGCCUUGCAAAAGUAUUCGGCCUCCUUGAAUCUUGCAACCUUUCGCCACAUUUCAGGCUUCAAACAUAAAGAUAUGAAAUUUAAUUUUUUUGUCAAGAAUCAACAACAAUCUCCUACUUGAAAAGAUUAGAGAGGCCUGUAAUUGUCAACAUGGGUAAACCUCAACCAUUGAGAGACAAAAUGUGGGAAAAAAAAAAACUGAAAAUCACAUUAAUUUUUAAAGAAUCCAUUUCCAAAUUAGAGUGGAAAAUAAGUAAGUGGUCACCUACAAACAAGCAAGAUUUCUGGCUGUCAAAGAGGUCUACCUUCUAACAAGGUCUAACGAGGCUCCACUCGUUACCUGUAUUAAUGGCACCUGUUUUAACUCACUAUCGGUAUAAAAGACACCUGUCCACAAGCUCAGUCAGUCACACUCCAAACUGCACUACGGCCAAGACCAAACAGCUGUCGAAGGACACCACAGACAAAAUUGUAGACCCGCAGCAGGCUGGGAAGUCUGAAUCCGCUUGGUGUCAAGAAAUCAACUGUGGGAGCAAUUAUUAGAAAAUGAAAGACAUACAAGCCCACUGAUAAUCUCCCUCGAUCUUGGGCUCCAUGCAAGAUCUCACCCUGUGGCGUCAAAAUGAUAAGAAUGGUGAGCAAAAAUCCCAGAACCACACGGGGGGACCUAGUAAAUGACCUACAGAGAGCUGGGACCACAGUAACAAAGGCUACUAUCAAUAACACAAUGCGCCGCCAGGGACUCAAAUCCUGCACUGCCAGACGUGUCCCCCUGCUGAAGAAAGUACACGUCCAGGCCCAUCUGAGUUCGCUAGAGAGCAUUUGGAUGAUCCAGAAGAGGACUGGGAUAAUGUGUUAUGGUCAGAUGAAACCAAAAUAGAACUUUUUGGUAGAAACACAGGUUCUCGUGUUUGGAGGGGAAAGAAUACUGAAUUGCAUCUGAAGAACACCAUACCCACUGUGAAGCAUAGGGGUGGACAGAUCAUGCUUUGGGGCUGUUUUUCUGCAAAGGGACCAGGACGACUGAUCUGUGUAAAGGAAAGAAUGAAUGGGGCCAUGUAUCGAGAGAUUUUGAGUGAAAAAUUCCUUCCAUCAGCAAGGGCAUUGGAUAUGAGACGUGGCUUGGUCUUUCAGCAUGACAAUGAUCCCAAACACACAGCCAGGGCAACAAAGGAGUGGAUUCGUAAGAAGCAUUUCAAGGUCCUGGAGUGUCCUAGCCAGUCUCCAGAUCUCAACCCCAUAGAAAAUCUGUGGAGGGAGUUGAAAGUCCAUGUUGCCCAACGACAGCCCCAAAACAUCACUGCUUUAGAGGAGAUCUGCAUGGAGGAAUGGGCCAAAAUACCAGCAACAGUGUGUGAAAAGCUUGUGAAGCGUUACAGAAAAUGUUUGGCCUCCGUUAUUGCCAACUAAGGGUACAUAACAAAGUAUUGAGAUGAACUUUUGGUAUUGACCAAAUACUUAUUUUUCACCAUGAUUUGGAAAUAAAUUCUUUAAAAAUCAAACAAUCUGAUUUUCUGUUUUUUUCCACAUUCUGUCUCUUAUGGUUGAGGUUUACCCAUGUUGACAAUUACAGGCUUCUCUAAUAUUUUCAAGUGGGAGAAGUUGCACAAUUAGUGGUUGACUAAAUACUUAUUUGCCCCACUGUAUAUGCAGUAUAUAUACAUAUAAUACACAGCGGUACCUCUACAUAUGAAUUUAAUUCGUUCCAGGACCUGGCUUGUAUGUCGAAAUGGUCGAACGUGAAGCAGGAUUUUCCCAUAAGAUUACAUCACAUAACAUUAUAAUUUGAUUAAUUUGUUCCACAGCCCAAGAACCUAUGCCCAAUACUUAAUAAAUUACAAAUAGCAAUUACACAUAGCAAAACAAAUACAUUUUGAAAACAAAUCAGAAUUAUAAUAGGGUAGUAUUAAUAAUAAUGGAACGAAUUGAGUUCUAAGGUGGCGGUUGUGUUUUGCAUGUUGCUCUUGAACGCGUGAAUGAUGAGAGACUGAUAGAGGUGCGGCAGUUUUUACUUUCUCUUUCGAUGUUCUGCUGUUGUUGGAGUCGGCUACGGUGAACAGUAGCAGUGUUGCAUUGCACAAGUUCGGAAAUAAAUGAUUAAAAACCUGACGAAGCUGGCGACUUCUUUGCCAAUGUUACAACAACAAUAAUGAGAGUCAAAUUUUACGUCAGAUGUCGAAAUUAUUGUAUGUCGAGGUGUAUAUAUUAUAUAUAUAUACAAGACUGAAAAAGCAGUUUCUGCUCUUGCAACCCUCUUUAAAAUAAACUGCUGUAUUUUAAGCCAAAACAACUGUUGUGUUUGAUAGAACAAUAGGUCUAUAUGCUGCCAUAGCAGAGUCGUGCCGCAUUAAGCCCCCAAACUAUUUUUAAUUUGUCCGUUUUACCCUGAAAACCCCCGUUUACAGACGUCGUGGAACCGUUUUUGUUUCAACCCAGCCAUAAAACGAAGGUAAUUAAUU